AUGUGUCCCCAUGUCACGAGUGGGGGGGGUCUCAGCAGCCGUGUGGCCCCUGUCACAAGCGCGGGGACAGCCAGGCUCUCAACAACCACACACGUGUCACGAGCACGUGCGCCCUCAGCAGCCCUGUCCCCACGUGUCACGAGCGUGCCAGGUCUCAGCAGCCGCACACCCACGUGUCACAAGCCCGGGAGGUCUCGGCAGCCCCGGGCACAUGGAGCACCCCCCACGGGCACGGGACUCCAUGGGCGGCCGCUGUCCCCGUGGAGCGGGCAGCUGUCCCCGUGCUGUCCCCAGCCGCAGUGCCCGUGUCCUCCCCUGCUCCUGCCACCCCCCAGGGGCCCCCCGGCCGGCAGCGACCUCUGUCCCCAGCCAAGGCUGCGGGUGCCCACGGCGUCACGUGGAGCGGGGACACCAGAGCCACCAACGCUGAGCCGGGAGCAGCCGCAGCGCAGGACAGACAGAUGGACGGACAGACAGACAGCAGCAGCAGGUGGCUGGGAGCCCCCCUGGAGCAGGUGCCCACCCCGGCGCUGGCCCUGGACCAGGCCACGCUGCGGCACAACGCCGAGCGCAUGCGGGAGCGCUGCCAGGCCCUGGGCGUCCGCCUGCGCCCCCACGUCAAAACACACAAAACGCUCGAAGGCGCCGCGCUGGCGACGGGCGGCACCCGCCGCGGCAUCGCCGUGUCCACGUUGGCCGAGGCGCGGUUCUUCGCGGCCGGGGGGUUCGACGACAUCCUGUACGCGUUCCCGCUGCCGGGGGGGCGGCUGGAGGAGUGCGCGGCCCUGGCCCAGCGCCUCCAGAGCUUCCAGAUCCUCCUCGACGCCCCCCAGGCCCUGGCCCUUCUGCGCCAGCGCCCGCUGACCCCUCCAAAGCGCUGGCUCGUCUGGCUCAAGCUCGACUGCGGCAAUGGCAGGGCCGGCGUGCGCCCCCAGGACCCGGGGGCCUUGUCCCUGGCUCGGGCCAUCGCCGAGGAUGCCCCGGGGGAGGUGACACUGGUGGGGGUCUACGCUCACUGCGGGGACACCUAUGGCUGCCGUGAUGUCCCCGCCGUCCAAGCCAUCGCCAGGGCCACCGCCACCGCCGUGCUCGACUUUGUCACCGCGCUGCGGCGGGCGGGCGUCCCGUGUCCCCAGGCCAGCAUGGGCUCCACGCCGUCCUGCAGCCACCCGGUGCCGGAGAUGUCCCAGCUCACCGAGCUGCACCCGGGCAACUACCUCUUCUAUGACCUCCAGCAGACCCAGCUGGGCUCGUGCCGCCCCGAGGACGUCGCCAUCCGCGUCCUCACCAGGGUCAUCGGUCACUAUCCCCAUCGCAACCAGCUGCUGCUGGACUGCGGCUGGGCCGCCCUCAGCCUGCACGGCCCGCGGGCGCCCGGGGGCUGCGCCGCCGUCGAGGGGCACCCAGAGCUGCGGCUGGUGGGACUCACACAGGAGCACGGGCAAGUGGAAGCCGUGGAUGGGCCGUUGGAUUUCGAGCGGUUCCCGGUGGGCAGCAUCCUGGCUCUCAUCCCCUUCCACGCCUGCGCCACGGCCGCCAUGCACCCCGUCUACUACGUCCACGCUGGGGGGAAGGUGGUGGAGCUCUGGCACCCCGUCCGCGGCUGGUAGGAAAGAGAGUAGGGAGCUGCCAGGGUGCUGCACCCAUACUGGGGUGCUGCACCCCCCCAGACUGGAAUCCUGCACCCAUACUGGGGUGCUGCACCCCCCCAGACUGGAAUCCUGCACCCACACUGUGGUGCUGCACCCAUGUCAAGACCCUGCACCCACCCCAUGAUCUUGCACCCACCCUGAUGCUGCACUCAUUUCAGGGUUCUGCAGCCCCUCCAUACAGGGGUGCUGAACCUACACCAGGGUGCUGAACCCCGCCACUCCCGGGUGCUGCACCCGUGCACAGACACAGCACCCAAGCUGGGGUCUCACAGCAGCAUCCUGCACCCACACCGGGGUCCUGCACCCACACCAGGGUGCUGCACACUCCCCCCCCUCAUUCUGGGGUUCUGCACCUAUUCUGGGGUGCUGCGCCUGUGCUGGUGUCUCACACCAGAGUCCUGCGCCAUGUGGGGUGCUAGACCCCCAGCAAGCCCCUACACCCACACCAAGGUGCUGCUGAGCGCCUGCACCCAUGCUGGGGUCCCACAGCAGCAUCCUGCACCCACCUGUGGUGUUGCACCCACCCCAGGCUCCUGCACCCACCCUGAUGCUGCACCCAUUCUGGGGUGCUGCACCUACUUUGGGGUUCUGCACCCAGACCGGGAUGCUGCACCCAUGGUGAGACCCAGCACUUACACCAAGACCCUGCACCCGUGCUGGGGUCCCACGCCAGCAUCCUGCACCCACUCCGGGGUGCUGCACCCCCCCAUUCCGAGGUCAAUAAAGCCGCUUCUCCCAC